CUCUUUUUUUCUGUUACUGCAAACCAAAAUAAUUUUAAGGAUGGCCUCAUCAGUAAAUUGUUGUAUUAUAUAAUAUUACUAUGAAGUGAGUGUGGGAUUUACAGUCAGGCAGAAUUGUGCGCUACCUCAGGGGUGUGGAGCAGGAAGUGGAGAGAGCAGCAGUGUACCGGUGCUGUGAGCUGAGGGCAAUAUGGCGGCGCUGUGGCGGCGCUGCUGGCGGGGGCAGGGGGCAAUUACAGGGGUCAAACACGCUGUUUUUGGGGUGAGACCGGGGACUGCGGGGGCGAGAGGAACUGGGGCUGGGUGUUUGGUUAAAGAGGUGCUGCUUCCUGUCAGACACACACACAACUCCAUCAGGCCCAGCGCUUUUAUGUGUCGUUUUCUUUACCCCUCGCCCCGGAGCUGCUGUUGUAGGAUUCACAGUGACGCAAAGUUAAAAGAUCCUUUUUCACUCGCGCACGAGGAUCUGAAAAAUCUGUACGAAGACAUUAAAAAGCUACUCGUGUCCAAAGCGGAGCUGAAAGCACUGUGUGAUUAUUACUUUGAUGGGAAGGGAAAAGCUUUUAGGCCCAUGAUCGUGGUGUUAAUGGCCCGGGCCUGUAACAUUCACAGCAACAGAGACGGGGAUCUGCUCCCGGCCCAGCGCUCCAUCGCCAUGAUCUCUGAGAUGAUCCACACCGCCAGCUUAGUGCACGAUGACGUCAUCGACGGUGCGGAUAUGAGACGAGGAAAAACCACUAUUAAUGAAGUGUGGGGGGAGAGGAAGGCCAUCCUGGCUGGAGAUUUCAUUCUCUCUGCAGCGUCCAUGGCCCUCGCACGCAUCGGGAACACCACUGUCGUGUCUGUGCUCUCGCAGGUCAUAGAGGAUCUGGUAAGAGGUGAAUUCAUGCAGUUGGGAUCCAAAGAGAACGAGAACGAGAGAUUCAAACACUACCUCGAGAAGACGUUUAAGAAGACGGCGAGUCUGAUCGCCAACAGCUGUAAAGCAGUUUCCAUUCUGGUGAACUCUGACCCCGAGGUGCACGAGAUCGCCUAUCAGUACGGCCGGAACGUGGGCAUCGCCUUCCAGCUGGUGGAUGACAUGCUGGAUUUCACGUCUUGUGCCAAUCGGCUGGGGAAGCCGUCAGCCGCAGACCUCAGGCUGGGUUUGGCCACCGGACCAGUGCUGUUCGCCUGCCAACAGUUCCCAGAGCUUCACUCUAUGAUUAUGAGACGUUUUGGUUCAGAUGGAGAUGUUGAUCAGGCCUGGAGAUAUGUCCUGGAGAGCGAUGGCGUGGAGCAGACGAGUUUCCUCGCCCAGCAUUACUGCCACGAGGCCACGCGUCAGAUCAGCCGUCUGCAGCCGUCCCCCGAGCGAGACGCCCUGAUCCGCCUCACCGAGCUCGUCCUCAACCGGGACAAAUGAACCUGGAACCUCCAGAGCUUCACUACAGGCAGCUACACACCUCGAUAUCACCUACACACACACACACACACACUCACAGCAGUCUGGUCUCGUCUGGUCACACACUCUGCUCAGACUCCCACAGCUGGAUGGUACAGCCGCUCUGUCUGGGACUGGAUUCGACACCUGCGCCUUAAAAUCUCACCCGAAUACGCUAACUGAAGCAUCUUACUGUACAGGAGGUGCGCGUCUUUCACCGCUCUUAUAAUUGUUAACAUUUUUGGGUGAAGGAUGUGUUUUGUUUUGAGAUUAUUUUUUACAUUGUCACUGUACUGUACCGUACGUGUCAUCUUCUGCAGAAGCAGGGCAUUAUGGGAUACGACGACAUCAGGAGGCUUCGCCGUUACUUAUGUGACUGAAAAUCCUACAGACGCCUCCGGAAGGUCCGUCCGUCUGUCUGUCCGCCGUCUGACAGAAAAGGCCAAUGUCAAGAUCAUGACGUGUGUAACAGAGCGAACAGAUCGAUGUGUGAUGUUAUUUAUAAAACCGUACAACAGACACGGCCUUGAAUCCAAGACGGACUGAUAUUAAACCCGAUAUUUUUUAAGUUAAA